CAUUUAAACCCGAGACCGCGCGAUGCCCGACACUCGGUGCGCCCUUCGCGGACCGGGAGACUCAGUGCACAGCCGGAGCCUCGCUCUCGGUGCUGCUGACCCCGCGCCCAGCCCGGGAGGCUCGGGCAGCGGCCGAACGCGUCGCCACGCGUCGAGAGCGCAGGUCCCAAAGUCACGCCACCCUGACAGUAUGAGCCGCACAGCCUACACUGUAGGAGCCUUGCUUCUCCUGUUGGGGACUCUGCUUCCAGCUGCAGAAGGGAAAAAGAAAGGAUCCCAAGGCGCCAUACCCCCACCAGACAAGGCCCAGCACAAUGACUCAGAGCAGACAGAGUCACCCCAGCAGCCUGGCUCCAGGAACAGAGGACGAGGCCAAGGGCGGGGUACAGCCAUGCCGGGGGAAGAGGUGCUGGAGUCCAGCCAAGAGGCCCUGCAUGUGACGGAGCGCAAAUACCUGAAGCGAGACUGGUGCAAGACCCAGCCACUUAAGCAGACCAUCCAUGAAGAGGGUUGCAACAGCCGUACGAUCAUCAACCGCUUCUGCUAUGGCCAGUGCAACUCCUUCUACAUUCCCAGGCACAUCCGGAAGGAGGAAGGUUCCUUUCAGUCCUGCUCCUUCUGCAAGCCCAAGAAAUUCACCACCAUGAUGGUCACCCUCAACUGCCCGGAACUCCAGCCACCUACCAAGAAGAAGAGGGUCACACGUGUGAAGCAGUGUCGUUGCAUAUCCAUUGAUCUGGAUUAAGCAAAGUCCUGUCACAGCCAGCCUGUUCUAGGGAGGCAGCCCCAGGCAGGCUCAGAGCCAGACCCCAAACAACCCAGUUCUUACUUGGCUUUCACCAAGAGGCCAGAACUACCAGCUGCUUCCUGGCAGUAGCCUGCUUGUGCGUAGUUUGUGUGCAUGAGUGUGCAUGGGGGCCUGUGAGUGUUCUCAGACACCAGAGGAAACAGUCUCUGCUAGAGGACAUUUCCUCCUGUGUAAACACAUCUGGUUCAGAUGGGGAUGGUCCACAAAGCUCACACCAGCCCGACACAUCCAAAAGGGCAGGGCUGUCGUCUGCCUCUGCCUUGGCCGUCCUUGCACCCUCUUGGGGACUUAAGAGUGAAUCUUAACAAAAGAAGUUUCUAGUUUGUGGGACGGGGAUCUGUGUUAGUGCGCAUAGACUUGGAAAAGUUACUGUAAUUUGUGCUUGCUUCCUCCCUUCCCCAGUCCACUCAUUCUUUCUUAGGUUCACAGUGACUAUUUCAGUUCUUACCCCAUGUCUGCCAAGAUUUCAAAAUGAAUUCACUUGACUAUGGAUAUGUUUUUCAUUUUGCAGAGACCUUCCAGACUCUGGGGGUGAGGGAGUUUGGUGUGGACAAGGACAAGUGGGAUAGAGGAGUGAGAAAAGGAGACUGAGGGUGAGAACCUGUGCGCUCAGCACAAUUCAGGAGGGAAAUGUGUAGAUUCUUUAAAAGGCAAUUCUAAAUCCAUGAGCCCUGCUUCAUUGAAAACUUUCCCUGAUCAUUAAUAGACCCAAAUGAACAGAGGAGAAAUGUGAUCACCAAAAAAUCAUCAACUUUGUCCCUACGAUCUGCUGAAACUAGGUGAAAUCCAACACCAAACUGAAAAUACAAAUAUUUAUUCCUGUUUUCAGAACCAAAUAAACAAACUAAUUACAGCUAGAAGUGUAUUUUGAACCUUCCUGGUUUUGCCAUUGUUGGGAGAUUGAACCAGAGAGAAGACAAGAAUCAAAUAAAUGAAAGGGAUUGUCUCUGGCUAAGGAUUAGUUAGGUUUUAAUACCCGAAAGAGUUGUAAGGGAUAUGGUGUGUGAGGUUCCAAGGGGGAAAUUCUCUGAGAAAGCAGAUUAUUGGGGUGGGUAAGCUGGCCAUCUACUGGUAUAUCCAUGUGACAUUGUACCCUUUCUCUCUUAUCCUGUGAUUAAACUUGAUCUGCUUCCAAUGCCAAUGCCUACUUAGAAUUUACCAGAAUGCCAAAGUACAGAGUGGAUGUGCCUUUCUGCACUUUGGAUUUAGACAACCUGUUCUCUUCAUGCCUGAGGUUUUAUUUGUAGACCUCCCAGAUGCUCUUUUUUGCCUUGGAUCUUCCGAGCCUCACUAGCCAAGUUAUGUCAUAUGAAAAACAAACAUAGACUUGGGAUUCAAUUGUCCAUCAAGGCUCCAGCAUUCAAAGAACCAUUGCAGCCAAAGAUGCUGUUUUUAUUUGUUUUUGUUUUGGUCCAGUGCUUUCCCAUCUAACAACUAAACGGGAACCAUAUUUUAAGGCAGAAACGAUCUUGAACGCCCAAAAUGUUGGGUCUAAUUUUAAAACUUUUAAACUCACUACUGAUGAUCCUACACCAAGAACAUUUGUGCAAACACAUAGUCUGUGCAUUGUGUAUACACAGUUUGCUCCUGCUUUAAAUUGUUGCAUCAUCCACAUCCUCCAACAAUAAAGCACAGAAUGGAUUUAAUUAAGCACACAAAUGUUAAAGCAGGAGUUUGAGGGUUGCGGGGAGAGGAAAAGAAAGGGGAAGAAACUGAACAUGUAAAAACCACACCAGAAAGGAAAAAUGACAUUCAGAACCAGCAAACAUCGAAUUUUCCUUGCUGUUUUAACUGUGCCACAAGCAUGCAAUUUUGUUAAGAAGAGAUGACUUAAGUUGGCAGAAGUGAUCUUCUUUUAGGAACUUGUACCACAGCCUUGCAUGUAAGUCGGAUUUGGCUCAAGUAAAGAGAGUUUCCUCAAAAUUAACUUCACGGGGAUAAUUAGCAGCAUAUCCACCCAAAGAGCACAGCCAUAGCUUAAGAGGAAAACGUCUGCUUUUCUUACGGUGCCUAUAUUAAGACCAGCACAACUAUGAUGUGUCAUCCAACAUUUAUUGAAAAUGCCAUAUCUGUUACAUAUUUUAGUGGAGUCACCAAUGAUGUAAUGCUAUAAUGAUUUUCAUUAUCUUCAUGGAAUUUCUAAUGGCAAGAUAUCUGUGAUCGUAAUCUUACCUGUUAAAAGUAAUGCCAAACACCAAAUCAGAAUUUUAUGAUGUGUACUUUGUGUUUGGCGUUAGAAGAGGAAAACACACAUCCUCUAAGUUGCUUUUUGUUACUGUAAUUCUUCAAAGUUAAAAGUGUAAGUGAAAAAUCUGGAGGGAAAGAUAAUUUCCACUGUGUGGAAUGUGAAUAGUUCAACAAAAAGUUAUGGUUAUUUAAUGUAAUUAUUAAGUCAAAGCCUUUGGUCACUGUGAGUCCCAGCCUGUUUUCUGUUUCUCCUUCCUGUGACUGCCUCUGAGCUGGGCAAAGAAGAAGCUGGCACAGGUGUGUGUGGUCGGAGACUUUUAUCAGGUCAGAGGGAAACAAAAUCUCGACACAUCUGAAGAUGCAUUGCAGAGUCAAGAUCUGAGAUUUUAUUUUUUUAAUCGAGUGUUCCUUAAAGGUUAACAUUUCUGAAGAAAUAUUAAGAAAGACUUUUAAUGUUAUUUUGGAAGACUUAUGAUGUGUGUUAUACAAACAAAUAGUAGAUAAUAAUGCAAAGAUCACAAAGUCCUGUAAAGGGGAAAAAAAGUCUAAAAUCAAAACUAUGUCUAGAACAUUUAUAAAUGACCAGCUAAUGCUUAAGAAUGAGAGUAGUUCUAUUGAUUUGUUAUUCUUUAAGAUAUUUAAUAUCAACCUCACUAUGUAUUAUGCCUCCUUUAAUCAUUUUAAAACAACAGACAGUAAUAUAGACUGUGAUUGAGGGGCCUUGCUGUGUAUGAGGGUAAGAGGGGAUUUGAGAAUCUCAUAAAAGCUGAUUUGGCUUGAAGUUUUUUAAAUCUGUAACUAGAUUCUAAUUUUCACCUCAAUAAUGUUCUAUAUAAUCUUUGUCAAACAGCAACCAAUAAAUUAAACCUCUUCUCUCUGUG